AUGGCUACAUUUACUAAAUUAUGUGUUACACUCUCUUUUAUUUCUCUCUUAGCAUGUUGCACCAAUGCACAACUUGUUAAUAACUUCUAUGCAACAACAUGCCCUAGCCUCCAAACCACAGUACGCAAUACAAUGACCAGUGCUAUCAAAAAUGAAUCCAGAAUUGGUGCUUCUAUACUUCGCUUGUUUUUCCAUGAUUGUUUUGUAAAUGGAUGCGAUGGAUCAAUCUUAUUAGAUGAUACGGCGACAUUUACGGGUGAGAAAAAUGCAUUUCCUAACAAAAACUCAGCUAGGGGUUUCGAAGUGAUUGAUGCCAUUAAAACCAGCGUUGAAGCUUCUUGCAAUGCCACUGUUUCUUGUGCUGAUAUUCUAGCACUCGCAGCAAGAGACGGAGUUUUUCUGCUUGGAGGACCGUCAUGGAUAGUACCACUUGGAAGAAGAGAUGCAAGAACAGCAAACCAAACCGCAGCAAACAACCAACUUCCAUCACCAUUCUCUAACCUAUCUACCCUCAUUACAAUGUUUUCGGCCAAGGGUCUAACUGCAAAUGACCUCACUGUUCUUUCUGGUGCACACACCAUAGGCCAAGGAGAGUGUCAAUUUUUCAGAACUCGCAUAUACAAUGAAACCAACAUUGAUCCAAACUUUGCCACCUUGAGAAAAACAACUUGUCCAUUUUCUGGUGGCGACACCAAUUUAGCACCUCUUGAUACUAUCACUCCAACUACUUUUGACAACAAUUACUAUAAAGAUCUUGUUGCUAAGAAAGGACUAUUCCAUUCUGAUCAAGCUCUUUUCAAUAAUGGAUCUCAAGAUAGUCUGGUUACGAGUUAUAGUACUAAUAGUGCUACUUUUUUUAAUGACUUUGCUACUGCUAUGAUAAAGUUGAGUAGACUUAGUCCUCUAACUGGGACUAAUGGGGAGAUUAGAAAGAAUUGCAGACUUGUCAAUUGA